AUCACGAUAUCCUCCUUCAAUCAAUACUCCAACAGCCUCUCGGAUUGGCUUGCUGCUACCUAGUCCUCCUGUCCCCGUCGCGUUCUCUUUUCGAGGGUCUCCAGCUUCCCGGGCAAGCCAUGGCAGCCAAAGUGAUUGUACUAGGCAGCGUGAGCGGCAAGCUUCAAGAGGCAUUCGCAAAGCUCGAGACAUUGCAUAGAAAACAAAACUUCUCCUUUGCCAUUGUCACCGGCAAUCUCUUCAGCGCUAGUCAAGAUGACGAGGCAGUCCACAAGCUUCUCGACGGCACGAUUCGCGUGCCUCUUACAACCUACUUCACGGUUGGCACAACACCACUGCCCGAUGCCGUGGUUCGGCGCAUCCUAAAGGAUGAAGACGUGUGCGAGAAUCUUCAUUACCUCGGAAAACGUAGCACGACGAAGACAUCGGAUGGGAUACGCAUCGUCACGUUGGGAGGAGUUUUGGAUGCAUCUAUCGUUGGCGGCCAGUCCCAGGAUCAACAUCUUCCUUUCCAUACCGUAAGCGAUGCGAAGGCUUUGCGAGGCGCGAAUACAGCGGAUAUUCUUCUCACCACAUCCUGGCCCGCCGGUGUUACGACCAACUCUACUGUGGCGAUUGCGCCAGAAGACAAGGACGUUGUCCUAGCUUCGGAAGAGAUAGCAGAGCUGUGCACCGCUCUUAAACCACGAUAUCAUUUUUCAGCAUCGCCCACCGCAUUUUUCUACGAGCGCGAGCCAUUCUUGCACCCACUUCCCGAUGAGGAAACUGAUAGCAAAGCAAUCACACGGUUCCUCUCCCUUGCGCCCUUUGGUAAUUCCACCAAGGCCAAAGCUCUCUAUGCUUUCAAUAUCACACCUGGAGAGUCUAUUACAUCUGUCCCUCCAGGCUGUACCCCUUCUCCAUUUCUCUCUCACACAAGAAAGCGCCACGCACCAGAUGACGAGGGCCAGUUCAGCCGAUUCGACAGCAGCCAUGACCGGCGUGGCGGCGGUCGACACAAAAAGUCCAAGCGCGAGCCUCCCCCGGGUCCGGACCGCUGCUUUUUCUGCCUCAGUAAUGUGGAUAUAGACCAGCACAUGAUUUGCUGCAUUGGUUCAGAGACAUAUGUGACCACUGCCAAAGGUCCCUUACCCGGUCAGGACUAUUUCGUCUCGUCUGGCCUUGAUUUCCCAUGCCAUCAGUUGAUUAUCCCAUUUUCACAUGAGCCAACAUUCCAGGCGAUGGGAGCCGAGGCCGACAACGUUUUCAAUGAAAUGACCCGGUUUAAGGAAGCUUUGCAAGCCAUGGUAGCUAAUCAAUCAAAGUUCAAACUUGGCACAGUGACCUGGGAAAUUAGUCGCCGAAAUGGUAUUCACACCCAUUGGCAAUUCUUGCCUGUAUCGCAUCACUUGAUUCGCAAGGGUCUUGUUGAGGCCGCUUUUCAAGUCGAAGCCGACAACCUGAAGUACCCCAAGUUUCAGGAAACAGCUCUGGGAUCCGCUACUAACGAGUCGAGUGACUUCUUUCGCGUAUGGAUAUGGUCUGAUGAUGGAGAAACUGGUAUCCAAAGCAAGGAGCUCGUCAUGCGAAUAGAUGAUAGCUUCCGCUUCGAUCUUCAAUUCGGCCGUAAAGUUAUGGCGAAACUCCUAGGCCUCGAGGCUCGACUUUUAUGGAGGGACGUUGUUCAAUCCACUGCAGAAGAGCUUGAAGAUGUCGAAAAGUUCAAAGCGGCUUUCAAGCCUUGGGACUUUAGCCUCGAAGGCUAGCUUUUCCUUUGCUGUUGCGUUGGCGUUGUUGGGUCGGAAAAGUUAAGAUACCCGCAUUCAUUGGACCUGCAUUUCUCGGAGUUCUUCUAUUCUCAAUGGCAAACAUGUCACUGGCGCUGCGAUGCUUUGAUCUAUGGUGGUACUAUAUCCGCCAUGUUUUGUAUUAUAUGUAACCUGCACUCACAAACCGAUAGAUACCAACAGGUUCUAGAUGGCGUCAUCAUCAUAACUAUAGGUAGAUAUUUAGGUUGUGUUAAGAAAACACCAACCGUCGUCUCCAUAGUUUAAAGAGCGUUGUUUUACUAUUUAGAUGCGUCUCAAUUUGGCAUGAACAUUUAAACAUCGAGUUCUAAACUCAGUAUAUCU